GGAAGGUAUAUUAUUUGGAUGGUCAUCUCUUCGUUUAGUUCUAUGGAGCUCAGAAAACACUACCGCUGCUGCUGCUGCUGCUUCUCUCCCAGUCCCACUGCUACUCUUUUCAUGAUGAUGAUGACGUGUCUUCUUCUUCUCCUCCUCCUCAAUUCCAACAGUACUGUAAUCGCGGCCUCCUCUUCCUCCGCUGCCGCAACAGGGCAACUGCAUCCGACGGCGGCGGCGGCGGCGGCAGAGGAGGGGGUGUACGACAUAGAUUACAGGGGACCGGAGACGCACUCUGCGGUUUUCCCUCCGCCGGGUCACUCUCAGAUUCAGGGCAGGCCUAAUUUCCUCCACCGCCGCACUACUGGCGUCGCACCGGCCGCCGCUAUCCCGGUCACCAGUCGCCGUCAGCCACCGGAUCAACACAAGUACUGAUCCGCUAUCUCCAACGUGAAGAGAACGUGAAGGAGGAGGGAUUUGCUGUGCAGAUCAAAGCAAAGGAGGCGUUUCACUCAGCAGCAGAGCAAGAAGCCAGCAUGAAUUAAUCAAAAUUUUCUGCCAGUUUCUUCUUUCUUUUUGCCCUCUUUAUUUUUGCCCUUUUGUUAUCGGAUCAUGAUAAUUAAUUAUAGUUAUUUUUUAUGUGAUAUAAUCAGUGGCGUAGCCAGGAUUUCAUUCAAGGUGGGUCCGACGUAAAAAUAAAAAUAUAUAUGAUAAAUAUAAUUAAUAUUU